AAGAAAAUUAUAGAAAAUCAAUUUUAAAAAUAAUUGAUGAAAAUAAUGAAGAAAAUUUAGUAUUAGGUAGUAAUAAUAAUGAAGAUAAUAGUACUGAAAAUACCACUGUUGAAAUCAAAGGAAAUAAUAAUGAUAAUGGUGAUGAUUUUAUUAUUGCCACUAAAAGUGAACCAAAUAAUAAUAAUAAAAGGAAAA